UGGUUUGGUAUCCGUUGGGAGUCUGAUCGUUGAUUAUAGUUAUGGCCUCUGUAGAUGUUCUUAGUACGAGAUUUUAUUCUUAUGAUAAAAUGUACAUGUAUGAUUUACGUGAACAAAGCUUUGCAGAGUGGCCGUUUCGACAGGACUGUAAGUGCACGCCUGAAAAUAUGGCCAAAGCUGGCUUUGUCCACUGUCCCAGUGAGAAUGAACCUGACGUUGCCUGCUGCUUCUUUUGUUUGAUUGAGCUUGAGGGCUGGGAGCCAGAUGAUGACCCCUGGUCUGAGCACAUCAAACGUUCACCAAACUGUGGGUUUCUAACGAUGAACAAAGACUUUACAGAGCUGACAGUGGCUGAAUUCUAUACCAUGGAAAAAGAGAGGCUAAAGAUCUAUAUUGUGAGUAUUUCGGUUUUGAGGAAGUGUUUGUUUAAAUUGAUGUCACACAUUUGUUUCUGUAAUAGAGAAAGACAUGCCAUAAGAAGAUGGCAUAUCUGCGGGACGAAUUUGACCAUACACUGAAGAACCUGAAGGCCCUCUGAUUACCAACAGUCACACAGCUAAGACUGUAGGAAAU